CAACACUUAUUACCGCUUUCUCACAGUUUAUUUUCUCGGGAAAAUGUGCUUCUACCUUAGAAAAUGUCAAUAGCAUAGCAUAGUUAUAGACGUGUUUGAUUUUUCUCGACAAAUCUAAGCUCAACUCUGUGGACACGCUCACAGUGGUGAAUUUUCCACAUACAGACAAAAACAAAGGAGGAUGUGGAAACUCGCCCGAUUCGCCGCAGCUUCCAACAUCGCCCGAUCGCGGCGGUUCUCCGCCGCGAUUCCCGGUCCGUGCAUUGUCCACAAACGCGGUGCUGACAUACUCCACGAUCCUUGGUUCAACAAGGAUACUGGGUUUCCUUUGACUGAAAGGGAUAGAUUGGGGCUUCGCGGCCUCCUUCCUCCACGUGUUAUAUCCUUUGAGCAGCAAUAUGAUCGCUUUAUGAAUUCAUUCCGGUCUUUGGAGAAUAAUACUCAGGGGCAAUCAGAUAAAGUUGUUUCCUUGGCAAAAUGGAGGAUCUUAAAUAGACUGCAUGACAGGAACGAGACUUUGUACUACAGAGUUCUUAUUGAUAAUAUUAAAGAGUUUGCUCCAAUAAUAUAUACUCCAACAGUUGGAUUAGUGUGUCAAAAUUAUUCGGGGUUAUUUAGACGUCCACGGGGGAUGUACUUUAGUGCCAAAGAUAAAGGGGAGAUGAUGUCUAUGAUUUAUAACUGGCCAGCUCACGAGGUAGACAUGAUUGUCUUAACAGAUGGAAGUCGAAUUCUUGGCUUAGGCGACCUUGGAGUUCAGGGAAUUGGAAUUCCCAUAGGUAAACUUGAUGUGUAUGUUGCUGCCGCUGGUAUCAACCCACAAAGAAUACUUCCAGUUAUGUUGGACGUUGGCACCAACAAUCAAAAGCUACUUGAAGACCGCCUUUAUUUAGGACUACGUCAACCAAGGUUGGAAGGUGAAGAGUAUCUAUCAAUUGUAGAUGAAUUCAUGGAAGCGGUUCACGCUCGAUGGCCCAAGGCUAUUGUGCAGUUUGAGGACUUCCAAAUGAAGUGGGCUUUUGAAACCCUGGAAAGAUAUCAGAAAAGGUUUUGCAUGUUUAAUGAUGAUAUACAGGGGACUGCUGGAGUUGCACUUGCUGGAUUAUUGGGAACUGUAAGAGCCCAAGGUCGACCAUUGACUGACUUUGUGAACCAAAAGAUAGUUGUGGUUGGAGCUGGGAGUGCUGGGCUUGGGGUUCUAAAAAUGGCCAUCAAGGCAGUUGCAAAGAUAUCUGGGUGCAGUGAUUUAGCUGCCAAAAGCCUAUUCUAUUUGAUCGAUAAAGACGGUCUAGUCACAACUGACAGGAACAAUCUAGAUCCAGCUGCAGCUCCAUUUGCUAAAAAUCCAAGAGAGUUAGAGGGGCUUACUGAGGGUUCUAGCAUAAUUGAAGUGGUUAAGAAGAUUAAGCCACAUGUUCUCCUUGGUUUAUCUGGUGUUGGUGGCAUUUUCAAUGAUGAGGUGCUUAAGGCAAUGAGAGAAUCUGUUUCAACAAAACCUGCUAUCUUUGCCAUGUCUAACCCUACCAUGAAUGCUGAGUGCACUGCUAUUGAUGCAUUCAAGCAUGCUGGGGAAAAUAUAGUGUUUGCCAGUGGAAGCCCUUUCGAAAAUGUAGAUCUUGGUAACGGAAAAGUGGGCCAUGUAAAUCAAGCAAACAACAUGUACCUAUUCCCAGGAAUUGGUUUGGGAACUCUUUUGUCAGGUUCUCACCUUAUAACAGAUGGAAUGUUGCAGGCAGCUGCUGAAUGCCUUGCUUCAUACAUGGCUGAGGAAGAUAUCUCAAACGGAGUUUUAUACCCAUCUGUUGACAGCAUACGAGAUGUUACAGCCGAGGUUGGGGCUGCUGUCCUUCGAGCAGCAGUUGAAGAAGAACUGGCAGAAGGACAUGGUGAUGUGGGGCCCAGAGAACUUUCCCAUAUGUCAAAAGAUGAGGCCGUGGAGUACGUCCGAAGUAAUAUGUGGUAUCCUGUGUAUUCUCCUCUUGUUCACGAGAAAUGAUUUCCCAUCAGUAUGUGUAAUUUUUUGGAGGACUUAUGCAAUUCAUGUCUCUGAGUGCUGCAGCCAAGCCUUUUCUAGCUGUGGCUUUUUAAUGUUAUGCUAUGUUCUUAGUUCAUGCUUAUUACUAGCAGCCUUGAGUAUUGGAUGACAAGUAGCGAAAAGAGGAAAUAUGUCUUCAUUAGUUUCUGCCAUGAAUUGUUGUACAAGUAUUGAAAUUUAACUUUACAAAGUUCAGUAUGUGUUAUAGAUUUUAUGUUGGAGACAUGUAUUAAUAGUUAUAUUAGUGUGUGUAAUUUUGAUGACUGCUUCGGUGGAUGGUUUCUUUCUUGACACUAAUGUAACAUCUUUUGUACAAUAAUUGUUUUA